CUUCCCCAAGAUCAUCUACUUCCAAAGACGACGAAGACAAUGACGAGACAGACUGGCUCGCGGAGAUCGCAGAACAGACAUGUAUGCGCCCGUCUCGUGGUUCAUCGGCAGACAAGGGCAGGAUAGGCAAGACAACCUCGAUAGUACACGUUUCCCGCUCUCCGUCACCUACCCAGCUGGCUAGGAAGAAGAGAGAGCAAGAACGGCGUCAACGGGAAAGGGAACGCGGCUUGUCGGAAGGAGCCACCUUCGGCCCUAUGCCCGUACCCGCGUUGAGCAGGAGCGACUCGUUCGCUAGUACGACCUCUGCCCGUGUAGCCACCCGCGGCUUGCCCACUCCGGCGCAUCACGCUGACUGGCCCUGGGAACCGACGAGCCCCAGCAGCCCUCGGCCGCGCGCCAGUGUCACCCCCUCCAAACCCGUCCUCUCGAGAGCACACACCUCUCCUGCUCCUAAACGAAAACCGACCCAGGCGCAGCCGAUCACUCCCCCCCCUUCCCCGCCUUUUAACGCUGAUCACUCGAGCUUGAUUCUCAAGAAUAGGGAGGGGUAUGUCUCUUUCCGCGAUGUGGAGGGACUGGGAGCACCCGCGGAGGAGGAGGAAGAAGAAAGGAGGGCUUGGUGGAUGCCUGUCGGUUGGGCGCGCUGAAGUGCGAACUAUGGAUAACUAUGAUCUACCAGCAAACUACUAUGCCUCGACAACUGGACUCGAAGAAUAUGCGACGUAUGAACAACCUGAAACAUCCGACCUCCCGCUCUCGCUCUGUGGUUGGACGGAGCACGCACUCACUAUCGAUUCCCGCGCAUACAUACCCUACCCUA